AUGACGCAGACCGCCGUCAUCUACGAAGCUAAUUGGGAAAAGCUCCAAGUGCGUAAGGACUGGCCUGUCGUCCAGCCUAAGGACCUCAAGCCUGGGGAAGUUCUUGUCCGCAUUGCAUACACGGGCGUCUGCCACUCGGACAUUUCGGUCUGGCAAGGCGGCGAAGGACCUCCUCUCUCCAAGCAGUUCCCAAUGGUGGGUGGCCACGAAGGAACUGGUCACAUUGCUGCGAUCGGAGACCAUACUCGCACCUGCCUUCGAAUCGGCGACGCCGUGGGGGUCAAGUGGCUCGCACACACUUGCUUAGGCUGCGAAGACUGUCGAAAAGGGCACGAGACAACGUGCGCGUCUGCGGAAGUGCACGGCUUGACGCGCCACGGAACGUUCCAGCAAUGGUGCGUGACUUUUGCUGACCAUGUCACACCUAUCCCUGCGACCCUCGACUUGGCUUCAGCUGCUCCAAUCAUGUGUGCUGGCUUGACUGUAUACAAAGCUUUGAAGCAAAUUCGUGGCUCCCCAGGCGAGACUGUCGUGAUCCCUGGCGCAGGCGGAGGGUUGGGGCACUUGGCGUGUCAGUAUGCUCGAGCCAUGGGCUACAAGGUCGUAGCUAUUGACUCGGGCAAAGAUAAACGUGCGCUGGUCCAGUCGUAUGGAGUCAAGCACUUUAUCGACUACACCACACAAGACGUGGUCGAGCAGGUUCGAGCAGCUACGAGCGGUCAAGGUGCUCAUGCUGUUGUUGUGGUUGCUGGGUCAACGGAGGCGUACAAGGACGCCCUCCUGUUCCCUCCGUCCUCGGGGGACGCUGGUUGCAGUGGGUGUUCCUAA